AUGUGCAGACAGAAAUUUCGAAUGACCCGACAAAAUAUAGCUAGUGAUCCAAAUCAAGUAGAUUUUCGGUUAGCACUUUGUAACCAAUAUAUACACGAAUUGACCAGCUCAGGAUACACUGUACUGAGGAUAGACAUGAUGACUGAGGACUUAGAAUGGAACCAUGUUGAAUACAAUUUCACAGUAGUGGACAGCUCAACUAAGUAUCAACUUCACAUAGUUUGUCGGGAUUCUUGCGAUUAUGACAGUCUGUGGUUGAGUGAUACUGCUCUGUUUUGUACAUUUGACGAGGACAAUGACAACUGGAAACAAAGAGACUGCGCUGUGGACCACAGGGGAGGGUGGUGGUACUCAUGGGAUGCAUACUGUACUGAGGGGAAUCUAAAUGGAAUGUACCCAGAUAACCUUCCUAAUGAAAAACAUGGAAUCUUCUUUUUCAACUGGCGUGACUGGAGACCCAUGUGAUAUAUCCGAAUGAUGAUUCGUCAACCUU